AUUUCUUUUCUAUUACAGCUCAUUAUAAGAAAUUGAAUAUAGUUCCCUGUGCUGUACAGUAGGUCCUUGUUGUUUAUCUGUUUUACAUGUAGUAAUAGAACAGAUUCUUUAUCCCACUGAUUGGUGGCUUGUUUGUCGUUUGGCCAUCUUGGCUGUCACCUGGGGCUUGGAAGCCUUCUUUAGGAGAGACUGAGGUGCUGAUAGCACCUGUGAGUCACUCUCGAACCUUCAGGCUGUCUGAACUGGAUGUGGCUUUCUUUGUUUUCUCCUUCUCUUCCUUUUCUGCCCUUGCAUCCUUGUUCUUUCCCACCCAGAGUAGAAUAGGAGACAGAUGUCCAAAAUGUGUCAGAUAAAUGUGUCGCAUUCUGGACUAAGGGUUCUACUAGGCAGCUGAUGACUUGGGCUUGAUUGCUUAGUAUUCCCAGAAUGAAGUGCUCUUCAUCCUAGUGCUUGUUGUUCCAUCUCAAGGAAAGUGUCACCCCACAAAUUUACCAGUCUCUCUCAUUCCAUCCCCCCACUUUCAAGGGGGUCAUAGGUGGAUUCCUAGUCAAUUAGCCUUCACUGAACAUCCUGGUUUCUAUGCUGUUGUUUUCAUUUUUUUCAAAAUUUGUUUUUAAAAUUUAUGUACAAUAGAAGUAACUCAUUUUGAUGUUCAGGUCUAUGAAUUUUGAUGAAUAGGUAGAGUCAUGUAUCCACCAAAUGAGAUACAGAACAAGUCCAUCACCCCCAAACUGCCUCUUAUACCAUUGUGGUUCCCCCACCCUGAGCCCCUACUAUCACUGAUCUGUCCUCCACCCUUUAGUUCUAUCUUUUCUAGAAAGUCCUAUAAAUGGAAUCAUACAGAAGGCAGCAUUUGAGUCUGGCUUCUUCCACUUCGCACAGUGCGUUUGAAAUUCAUUCAUGUGUUGUGUGUAUCAGCUGUUCAUUCCUUCUGCUCAUGGCUGAGUAGCAUUCCCUUGUAUGAAUGUGCCACUGUUUGUUUAUCCAUUCUUCCAUUUUUUUAAUUAAAAAUGUUUUUAUUGAAGUAUAGUUGAUAUACAAUGUUGUGUUAGUCUCUCGUGUACAUAUAUAUAUAUAUAUUUUCAUUAUAGGUUAUUAUCUCCCAUGUUUUUAAUAGUAGCCCUUUGAGAUACUAUGUCCCCAUUAGACAGUGAGGACCUAGGUUGGAGAUGCUAAAUUUUGAUCUAAUUCCAAAUCCAGGAUUCUUUCCCACCACACCUAAGAGCUGAUUUAGUCCACUGACCCAAUUACCUUUUCUUUACUGCCCAUCCAAGAGGUUGUGAGGCUCCUUGAGUUCCCGGAGGAUUCCCUUUCUAGAACACCGGUCCUGGGGAUUGAUGAAGGAAACUAUACGCCACAGUUUAUGACUCAUGAUAUGCGUUCCUCUUUUUCUGCCUAGUGACAAGCUCACCUGUUUUAGCAUGAUGGAGCUGCCCCAACCGUAAAGUAUCUAAGGAAAGGAAGCAGUCUCAUCAGCCCCAGGAGUUGGCUACAUUGGGCAGCCCCACUAGGGCAGUGACGUAGCUGCCCGCUACAGUCAGGAGUGUGACCAUCCUGUUUCACUCCCUGGACAGCCAGGAAGGAGAGACCUACCCAACCCCUGCGCCUCCCUCCACAGCGAUGUCGGAGCUCAGCGACGAAGCCAGCGAGCCAGAGCUCCUGAACCACAGCCUGUCCAUGUGGCACGGGCGGGGGGCGCAGGUCAGCCGGGAGGAGCUGGCCGUCCCUCUGGAUCUUCACACGGCGGCUUCCAUCGGCCAGUAUGAGGUGGUGAAGGAAUGCGUGCAGCGGAGAGAGUUAGAUUUGAAUAAGAAGAAUGGUGGUGGCUGGACCCCGCUGAUGUAUGCCUCCUACAUUGGACACGAUACCAUCGUGCACCUGCUGCUCGAGGCAGGGGUGAGUGUGAAUGUGCCGACCCCGGAAGGGCAGACUCCGCUGAUGCUGGCUUCCAGCUGUGGCAACGAGAGCAUCGCCUAUUUCCUCCUCCAGCAAGGUGCUGAGCUAGAAAUGAAGGACAUUCAGGGCUGGACGGCCCUCUUCCACUGCACCAGCGCCGGGCACCAGCAGAUGGUCAAGUUCCUUUUGGACAGUGGAGCGAACGCCAAUGUGAGGGAGCCGAUAAAUGGAUUUACCCCUUUGAUGGAAGCAGCUGCUGCUGGACAUGAGAUAAUUGUGCAGUAUUUUCUGAAUCAUGGAGUCAGAGUGGACACGAGAGACCACAGUGGAGCCACAGCCCGGAUGCUGGCCAGGCAGUACGGACACAUGAAGAUCGUGGGGCUGAUUGACGCCCACUCACCGUCUCUGCCCCAGAGCGUCUACCGGAGCCCAGAAAAAUUUGAAGAUCUGAGCUCUUCGGAUGAAUCCUGCCCGGUUCCUCAGAGACAGAGGCCCUGCCGGAAGAAGGGCCUCAGCAUCCACGAGGGGCCGCGAGCCUUGGCCAGGAUCACUGCCAUCGGGCUCGGGGGCAGGACGCAGCAGCCUCGCUAUGAGCAGGUGCCUCCCCGGGGCUAUGUCACCUUCAACAGCAGCGAUGAGAACCCCCUGGAAGAGGGGGGCCUCUGCUACAGGGACGUCACCUCCCCCAUCAACGAGCGGGACGUGGAGAGCAGCAGCAGCAGCAGCCGGGAAGAGCACGCCUUCUGUGCCAACCUCGGGGCCGCGCGGAGCAGCAGCAGCAGCGAGGCCCUGGCGAGGGCCCCGGGACUCAGCAGCGAGGCCUCCCUGGAGAGCAAUGAGGAUUCAGAUCAUGCACGUAAAAGCUCAGUUCGCAAACAAACUAAAAGUUAUGUGAAGACUAAGAGCCGUCACAGCAGUAGUGACAGCCAGUGGCCUCCUGGCACCGGGACUUCCUGUUCCCCGGGAUCUGUCCCCCAGACUGAGAGGUCCCCGUAUUCAGGACCCCAGGACCUGGCCACGCUGCUGGAGCAGAUCGGCUGUCUAAAGUACCUGCAGGUGUUCGAGGAGCAGGACGUGGACCUCCGCAUCUUCCUGACCCUCACCGAGAGCGACCUGAAGGAAAUCGGCAUCACGUUGUUCGGGCCCAAGAGGAAGAUGACCUCUGCCAUUGCUCGCUGGCACAGCAGUGCCCGCCCCCCCAGUGAUGCCCUGGAGCUGGCCUAUGCUGACCGGCUGGAAGCUGAGAUGCAGGAGCUCGCCAUCCAGCUGCACAAACGCUGUGAAGAGGUGGAGGCCAUGCGGGGCCAGGUGUCGCAGGAGCAGGAGCUGCGGGCCGUGGUGGAGAGCUGCCUGCUGGAGCAGGACGGAGCCCGCAAGAACGUCCACACACAGCUGCAGGAGACCUGGGCCCUCACCCGGGAUGCUGCUGUUAUCCUGGACCAGCUGCGAGCCUGUCAAGCUGAGCUGUCAGCCCGAGUGAGGCAGGACCAGUACCCGCUUGGGGCCACCCUGGGCCCAGCCCUCCCCACAGCUGACGCCAAAGGCUGGCAGGCCUCCUUGCAGGCCCUGAGCCUCCCUGAGCUGUCAGGAGCACUGGAGGAUCGAGUCCGGGAGAUGGGGCGAGUGCUGUGCUCGGUGACCCAGAGCCUGGAGAAGCUGCAGGUGCUCAACGGGAAGGAGAACUGGCGGGAGCCUUAGCCGGGAGGGACGAGCUGACGUGGGGUGACGGAUCCACCCUGAAGCUGUGCCCGGAGACAGGAGGGCAGUGAGCGGCGGCCGCAGCAGCUGGGUCCCCAGCAGGGCCAGAGGAUCGGGCCCCAGGAGCAGCCAGCAGACAGAGGCAGGACGGGGCUGUGGCUGGCGUGAGGGCAGCGAGGCCUGCUCUGAGGCAGGACGAGGGCCUCCUGUCCAGAACCUAGGAUUAAGGCCCGGAGCAGGCAGGGCCUUGGGGAGAACGCAGCCCCACACACCACAGGCACCACACUGAAUUUGCCCUGACGGAUGGGGACGGGCACCUGGGCAGGAUAUGCCAUUUGCUGGAAAAUAAAAUUUAAGAUUGGCUGGUGA